GUUUUCGACAAUUUCGAUGGUUCCACAUUUUCUUCCUUUCCUUUAAUUAUUCAUACCGCGGCCAACAACAUUCAAUACAUCGCGGUUGUUCUUCAACUUCAAGUACGAUGCCUGCGGUACCCUCAACCUCUCCGGCUACCGGGAACCCGACUACUUCAUCCUACAUUCACACCCUAGACUGUAAUUUUGUCGACAACGCUGGUCGUACGUUAUUGCUGAGAGGUGUCAAUCUUUCUGGGUCCUCGAAAGCUCCUGUCGACAGACCAUCUUACCUCCUAGAAGACUUCUGGGAAACGGCACAAGACGGUAGAGAGAGCUUUAUUGGGAGGCCUCUGAACUUGGAAGAUGGAUCGGCUGACGUGCAUCUCGCCCGUCUCAGUGGCUGGGGUUUCAACAUGCUUCGUUUCCCCAUUACAUGGGAAGCUUUAGAACAUGAAGGGCCCGGGAAAUACGAUUAUGAAUUCAUGGACUACACGAUACGUGUUUUGCGGAAAUGUAGAGAGUAUGGUUUCAAGGUGUUUUUGGAUCCCCAUCAGGACACAUGGUCACGAUUUUCUGGGGGUUCCGGUGCACCUUACUGGACACUUGUUGCUUGUGGAAUCGAACCUCGACAUUCGACAGCUACCCAGGCAGCCAUAAUCCAUUGUGAAUAUCCCCUCGCACACGAACCCGAGCCUGCAAAGCUGCCAGCUAUGAUCUGGUCAACGAACUACGGCCGACUUCUCUCUCAAACGAUGUUCACCUUAUUUUUCGCUGGCAAAGACUUUGCUCCUAAAUGCAUUCUUGAUGGUAAAAACAUUCAAGACUACCUCCAGGACCACUACAUCGAGGCGAUGGGCCAGCUGGCGGAUCGUAUCAAGGUUACCGCCAGUGAUCUUUUGGACGAUUGCGUCAUAGGGUGGGAUAGUAUGAACGAACCGUUUGAAGGCUUGUGUGGUUGGGACGAUCUCAAUGUGAACCCCACUUCACAAGGUUCCACAUUGCGCAAGGGUACUCACCCCACUCCAGCCGAAUCUUUCCGUUUAGGUAUGGGUCAGGUGCAAACAGUCGAAAACUGGACAUUCGGGAUGUUUGGUCCCUCCCGCAACGGUUCGGUCACAAUUGACCCGAAAGGUUUCAAAAUAUGGGCUGAUCCUGGAAUUGAACCCCAGGAUGGUGCUCACCCGAAAUGGGGCUGGCGGCGAAGUACAGAAUGGGAGUUGGGUAAGUGCAUAUGGGCACAACACGGUGUAUGGGAUAUCGAAACCGGUUUCGUCAUGCGGCCUGAUUAUUUCCGAUACAUUCCUCAAGAGACCUUGAGCGCGGAGAAUCCUGAGACCUCGGUGGAAUUUGUUGCGGAUUACUGGCGGCCCCAUUGGCAGCUCUUUUGCGACCGUAUACGACGCGCACACCCCGAGUCCAUUAUGUUCAUUCAGCCUCCUGUCUUCGCUCCUCCCCCACCUCUCGAUGAAUCGUAUCUCAAGGGGCGUUGCGUGUAUUCCGCCCACUAUUAUGACGGCCUCACUCUCAUUACAAGGCAUUGGAAUUGGUUCAAUGCUGACGCGCUUGGUGUUUUGAGGGGGAAAUAUUCAUCUCCUCUUCAGGCCGUGAAGAUUGGGGAAAGCGCUAUCCGAAAGUCAUUGCAAGAACAACUUGGGAUGCUCAAGGCCGACUCCAAUAUAGUCGGCCCAUACCCCACUCUCAUUGGUGAAAUUGGAACACCAUUCGACAUGGACGACAAAAGAAGCUACGGCUGGACUGAUGGAGGGAAAUAUGAAGGUGAUUACAGCCGUCAAGAGCGUGCCCUUGACGCCAGUUUGAAUGGGGCUGAUGGUAUAAAUGGAUUGAGUUAUACUAUCUGGACUUACUGUCCGGAUAGUUGUCACGAUUGGGGCGAUGGGUGGAACAUGGAAGACUUGAGCUUAUGGAGUGAGGAUGAUCUGGGCGUCACAGGAGGAGGGGUUUUGAGGGCGCUUUACGCCGAUAACAGAAAUGACUCCAGCACCACUAUGUAUCGGGCUAGCGGAGACGAUUUAAAGGCAUCUUUACACAAAAAGAACGCACCAUCCCUCAAUCCCAAAGGCAAAGCACCGUCGUCCGUGUCUUUGGCUACUCUCAGCGGCCCAGAGGUCACAGGAAUGCUCUCGCGAUGGAGAGAAAACCCUUACGAUUUUUUAACCGAUGGAGCGAGAGCUUUCAGAGCCUUUACUCGCCCUUUCCCCAGGAAGAUCGUUGGUUACCCCAAGAACAUCCAGUUUGACAUUCGAAAAGCGUAUUUCAAGGCCGUCAUUACUGUGCGGUCAGAAGACAGGCUGAAACCUGGAGGUGUUGACGAAGAGGAUCCGUCCACCGAGAUCUAUGUCCCCCUUGUUCAUUUUGCCCAUUCAAGACUGCUACCCUCUACAUCCUCCCCUACUCGUUCUCAACGAGACCGAAAAGAUGAAGGCCCUGUGUGUCCAUUGGAAACGGAGACUUCAGCUACAAACGGAAUACAGUCACGUAACGCAUCGACAAUCAAUUUUGACAAUAUAAUUUUGGAGUCUUCCACUUCCGAAAACAGCAGCGGAAGCGCAAGUCCCACCGUGGCGACUCCCAGCCUGAGCUGGCACGGACUGAUGGAGGACCCUGACCUCCUCGAUUUAGACGUGAAGGUCAGCAGCGGUCGUUGGUCUGUACAAGGUCAAACCUUGAAGUGGUGGUAUGAAGUUCCCCCUGCUGGUGAACCAGAACGAGAGUAUACAAUCGAACUACGGCGUGCUGGUGGGACGAUAAAGGCACAACAGGAAGAAAUGAGGAGUUGGAUGGAGCGGUUAUGCCCACCAAGCGAGGAUGGAUGUCAUGUGAUGUGA